UCAAACGGACUGAUAUAAUUUUUUUGUCCGGAGUUGCGAGUGAUUUGUGCUUUUAAACUUCUGACCCUAAAAUAGUGUUUAAAUAUUAUUUUAAUUUAGCAAGGAAUGAUUUAAUUUCGUGUGAUAAUUAAAAUACCUCCAAGAUGAAUAUUAUGGGAGUAAUUGUAUCCGGGCGUUUGCCUCAAACAGACUUUCAGCAAGUUGGUCAGUCUCAAUUCCUCUUCAAUAUCCCCGAUGCUGACAAUAUCAAUCACAUUGUUGUCUUCCUCACGGGGACAUCACCACUACCGGACGGCAUGGCAGCCGGUGUCUAUUUCAGCUGGCCAGAUCCCAGUGCACCACCUAAUUGGCAAUUCUUAGGGCACAUUUCCAAUUUAAAGCCAUCAGCUAUCUACAAAAUAUCUCAGCUAAAGAAGCUAAAUGAGAUGGAAAGCAAUCCAACGAGUACAAUCUUUGGUACUCAACCCAUUUCACACAUAGCCCAAAUUGGGAUUUCUGUUGAACCCGAAGCUGCGCUAAUGCAGCAAACUCCAUCGCAGACAAGUGCUACGUCAUAUUUGGCAUUUGGACAGAAGAUGCUGGAGAACUUCUUCAAUUUUGCCUCAAGCUUCGCUGUGACACAAGCUCAAAUGGUACCCAAUCCAUCGGAAACUUUUGUACCACUCUCCACGCUCCAGACGUGGUAUACAAACUUCCAGCGACGUCUACAGCAGAAUCCAAACUUCUGGAAGUCCUAAAGGCUUAGUGCUACUCUAAACCUUUUUUCGAUUUUUUUUUUCACUGAAUUUUUAUAGAUAAGACUGCGGGACAAGUAAGUCAUCUUAUCAAUUUCAAGAAAUUAUAUUCAUCAAAUGCAUUUUGAUUUACCCUCUACUCACACCUUGAACGCCUCAAGCUUGGAAAUAUUUAUAAAAAAAAUAAUGUUUUCAUAAAAUUUUUAAUUAAUUAAAAUAAUUUUAAGGAAUAA